AUGGCUCCAUCAGCAACAGCGACCAAUGGUAGCAGCGACGUCUACCGCCAAUACAAGGACGACCGCGAUGCGUCUUCCGAGAAGACCAUCUACACCACCAGCAAUGGCGUUCCCAUGCCACAUCCCUACGAGAGUCAACGAGCCGGUGAAGGCGGCCCUCUCCUGCUCCAGGACUUCCACUUGAUCGACUUGCUAUCACACUUCGACCGCGAGCGAAUCCCAGAGCGCGUGGUCCAUGCCAAGGGUGGUGGCGCUCACGGAGUCUACAAGACCACCGAUCCUAUGGACGAUCUGUGCGUGGCGGACAUGUUCCAAGCCGGCAAAGAAUGCCCCGUCACCGUACGAUUCUCAACCGUCGGCGGAGAGUCUGGCUCGCACGACUGUGCUAGAGAUCCGCGUGGCUUCUCAGUCAAGUUCAGGACGGAGGAGGGCAACUGGGACAUGGUGGCGAACAACACUCCAGUCUUCUUCUUGAGAGAUCCUGCCAAGUUCCCCCACUUCAUUCACACCCAGAAGAGAGAUCCCGCCACGCACCUGACGCACGCCGACGAUUCGACCAUGUUCUGGGACUACCUCUCGCAGAACCCGGAGUCUGUUCAUCAGGUCAUGAUCCUCAUGGGUGACCGAGGCAUUCCAGACGGUUGGAGGAAGAUGCAUGGUUAUGCUGGACACACCUUGAAGCUGGUCAACAAGAGUGGCGAGUGGGUGUAUGCCCAGAUGCACAUGAAGAGCAAGCAAGGUACCGAUUUCAUCACCCAAGAAGACUCUGCCAACUACUCGCCGGACUAUGCGCAGAAGGACCUAUACAACGCCAUCGAGAAGGGAGACUACCCUGGGUGGGAUGUCAUGUUCCAAACCAUGACACCCAAGCAGGCCGAGGAGGUCUGGGAGAAGCAGGGCAUCAACGUCUUUGACCUGACCCACGUCUGGCCACAGAAGGAGUUCCCACUGCGCAAGGUCGGCGAAUUCCACCUCAACCAGAACGUGCAGAACUACUUUGCGGAAAUCGAGCAAAUCGCCUUCAGCCCAUCGCACUUGGUUCCCGGUAUCGAGCCAUCCGCAGAUCCCGUCCUCCAGUCCCGCCUCUUCUCCUACGCAGACACACACCGCCACCGCAUCGGAACCAACUACCAGCAGCUCCCCGUCAACCAACCCAACGUACCCUACCGCAUGGCGAACUUCCAGCGCGACGGACCCAUGGCCUUCAACAACCAGGGCUCUCGCCCGGCCUACCUGAGCUCCAUCGAACCCAUCCAGUUCCGCAAGCGCACCGUCGACCUCGACCAGACCCACGGCCACUUCCAAGGCAACGCAGUCUCCUUCCUCUCCGAAAUUCGCCCCGAAGACUUCAACGCCCCCCGCCAACUCUACGAGAAAGUCUGGGACGAAGCCGCACGGGAACGCUUCAUCAACAACAUCUCCGGCCACAUGCAGAAUUGCCACAAAGAGGAAAUCCUCAAGCGCCAGAUUGCCAUUUUCCGCGAAGUCUCGCAGGACUUGGCCACGCGGCUCGAGAAGGCGACUGGUGUCAAGGGUUACGAUGGGAUUUCGGGACUGAAAUUCAAUGGUACCCAUAACGGUAUGGUCAAGGAUUCCGCGUUGAGGAACGCCAAUGGGCUGCCGGAGAAGAAGACGCCCGGGAGCACGAACAAUAAUGGUGCUCCGACGCUGGGGAUGCAUGAUGGCAUCAAGGCGUAA